AUGUCAAAUUGGGCACCAGAUCAGAAUGCUGUCAAUCAGCUGGUGAAUAUUUUGAUGGGAACGCUUUCGGCCGAAAGGAGUGUAAGAGAACAAGCGACAUCUGCAUUGAAACAAGCGGAAGAAAGAGAGCAAGAGUUGGAUAAUUAUUUGCUUCAUGUUCUUAUAGAGGGUAAACAGGUUCAACCCCAAGUGAGGGCUGCUUCUGGAUUAGUGUUGAAAAAUGAUGUUGCUAGGAACUGGAUGCAAAAAUCUCCCCAAGUUAAACAGUAUCUUCUGGAAAGAAUUCCUCUGGGCCUCAUGGACAAUGCCGGUCUCGUUCGAAACAUCACAGGAAACGUUAUUACCACGCUUUUACAAAUUGUUGGGGUGACGAGGUGGCCGAAUAUUUUAGGAGAUUUGAUGCAACUGGCUACCAAUCAAAAUGGAAGCACGGACUCGCAGGAAGGAGCAAUGAGCAGUCUUGCUAAAAUUUGUGAAGAUUCCGCCUCAACACUUGACAAAGAGUAUGCAAAUGGUGAUCGGCCUCUUAAUUUUAUGGUUCCACAGUUUAUUGAGCUUACCACUUCUCAAAGUGCACGGGUGCGUGUUCUAGCAUUGACGUGUCUCAAUUAUGUUUUGGAAGUCGAGUCGCAAUCAAUUUUGGUGUUGCUCGAUAAAUUUUUAUCCAGGUUGUUUGAACUAGCAACAGACAAGGACCCAAAGGUGCGGACAUCUGUCUGUCGUGCUUUUAAUGAAGUUGUGGAAAUGGCACCAAGUAAGUUGGCCCCACACUUAGCCGGUAUAAUUGAUUACUGUGUGCACACAAUGGGUGAUGACGAUGAUGAUGUUGCUUUACAAGCCUGCGAAGUUCUUCUCUCUAUCUCCUCGUCAACGUACUUGGCGAAUCAUGUGGAGAGUAAAUUGGAUGUUAUCAUACCGGCCCUUCUCAAGAAUAUGGUUUAUUCUGAAAUGGAGGUGUUUUUAAUGGAGGGUCAGGAUGAAAAUGAUGACGAGAACGUUGUUGAUAAAGACGAGGAUAUAAAGCCGACGGCGGUAAAAAGCCGAGGAAAUCGUAAUCGCGGAAACAAUACAGACACAGCAUCCGAUUCUGAACUUUCAGACGAUUCCUCGGAUCUUUCUGAUGCAGAUGACUCUGACUUGACUCCAUCAUGGACAAUCCGGAAGUGCGCUGCAGCUACAUUAGACUCAUUGGCAUCGGGCUACCCACAAAAAGUUUUCCUGCUUACUCUUCCGGCAGUGAAACAGCAGAUUACCUCGGAGAAAUGGCCGAUAAGAGAAGCUGCUAUUUUAGCAUUGGGUGCUGUCGCUGAGGGCUGUUGGCAAGUUGCUGCCAAUGAGUUACCAUCUCUGGUUCCAUACUUAGUUGAAAGGCUUUCGGAUCCACAGCCAAGAGUUCGCUUAAUAGCCUGUUGGACUUUGGGAAGAUACUCUUCAUGGAUAUGCGAACAGGCUGCCCAACAAACAGGCUGUGCCAACUACUUCAGGCCUACUUUUACAUGCAUUAUGGACUGUGCACUGGACAGGAAGAAGGUUGUUCAACAAAGUGCUUGUUCGGCACUUGCGGACUUCAUUGACAGUUCGACCCCAGAUAUCCUCGCACAGUUUAUUGAGCCACUUCUUCAACAUUUCAACAUGUACUUCCAGAAGUACCAGCGGAAAAACAUGAUCAUUCUAUAUGACACGGUUCAAACGUUUUCGGAGAAGGUGGGGUAUCUGCUGAAGGGACAUGACAACUUGAUUAAAAUGCUUCUACCACCACUUAUGACCAAGUGGCAGGUGCUCAAAGACGAUGAUCAUGAUCUUUGGCCAUUACUUGAAUGUCUAUCAUCCGUUGCUGCAGCAUUGGAGGAGUCCUUUGCACCUUACGCAUCACCUGUUUAUGAUCGUGCUGUUCGUGUUUUAUCAAACUGUCUUCAGGGAAAAAGCAUAUCGUUGAAAGAUGCGGACUACGAUGCACCAGAGGAUGACUUUAUUGUUACGGCAUUGGACUUGAUUGAUGGUCUUGUGCAAGGAUUGGGUGCCCACUUUAACGAUUUGGUGCAGUCUUCAGGGCAACCAGAGGGAAAACCAAAUACUCUUAUGCAGUCAUUAAUUCAAUCCAUGCAAGGCGAAUUUGGAGACAUUAGGCAAAGUGCAUAUGCAUUGCUUGGAGACUUGUGCAUUUAUGGAGUGCACAACUUCAUUUUGCCAUUUCUCCAUGAUGUCAUGGUAUGUAUCGGAAACGAAAUUGCCAACCAUACAUACGAUUCAAUACCAUCUUGCAACAACGCAAUAUGGGCAUUGGGUGAACUCUCUUUAAGGAUAGAUAGUAAUGCAAUGUCUCCAUACUUGGAUAAUUUCUUGAGGAUAUUGGCACAGAUGUGCUUGGAGACGGAUAUGGAUUCGACCAUUCUUGAAAAUACCGCUAUCACGAUUGGUCGCCUUGGUAACAACAAUGCAUCUUCAAUGGGUCAGUACUUGUCCCAGGUUCUUUUCUCGUGGUCUUCCUAUAUGUUACACUCCGAAGAAAAUCAAGAAAAGCGGACAGCAUUACAAGGGAUGUGCAACAUAAUAAUGGCCAAUCCUUCAAUGCUUAAUACAAACGAUGCAGCCACUAAAGAUGCCUUAUGCUAUUUUUUGGCCUGCAUUGCAACAUACGAGGACCCGGGAGAAGAAUUGGGACAGACUUUUCAUAUGCUAGUUCAUGGAAUUCAGAAUGGACUGGGUACAGAUCAGUGGUCGAAGUUGAUAUCAAAGUUAGAUGAUGGACACAAGGCAUCAUUAAUUGAAAGGUAUGGAAGCUGA